UCGCCCUAAUCGACGAGUGAUGAUGAUGAUGGGUGGUGGUGAGUCUGAAAAGCAGAGGUCGGUGGUGCUGUGGAAGCUUAAAGUUUGUGUGAGAGCCGAACGUUUCAGUUUGAAGCUCAAUCUACGGAACAGGCUCUCUUCUUGGAAGCUUCACCGGUUCUCAUUCGUCCUAAGAUUCCGAAAUCAUCAUCUCAAAGUGGAUUCUCAAUCCAAACCCGAUCGCGUCAGAUUCAUCCGGAGUCUUGCUGCUGCUAUCUUCCGUAGGCGGAGGCGGAGAGAAGCUGUGGAUGCCAAGACACUCAUCGAAUUGGUUUGGAACCGAGCGGUGGUAGCGGCAAAGAAAGCAAGAGGCGUGGGUGCCGCCGUAACUCUGAUCAUCAUCGUUGCCAAUUACCUAAUGCCAUGGAUCAAGUUGAGAAGCGAACCGUUCCAAUUAUAUUAGGUUAUGCUUUGUUUGGUAUUAACUAAGUAAAAAAAAAAAAAAAAAAGGCAUUUUCAAUGAAUUGUUUGUUCCACCGAAAAUAAAUUCAAGACGGAAAAGUAGCCAAACAAAUGAUA